AAUAUUAAGCGAUAUUAUACACGUGCAACUUAAAAAAAGGUCUGGGUUUAAAUGUUUUGUAUACACCUGGGUCUUCAACUAUGGACAAUAUUGAAAUUAUUUCUUUAUCUUCUUUUGUUCGCGCUUUUUUCAAUAUUGAAAUUUUUUGAUUGGUUGUUUGUUUAAAACGAGAUAAAGAAACACAAAAGAAAAGCCAAAAGUCACAAUUUCUUUAAGUUUGCGCCUAGCGAAGCCGCUUUCUGCAACGAGGGUAUUUAUACUAGUAGUAUUGAAUGCGCUGGAAAUUUUUUAUAUUAUUUACUUGUUCUAUAUGCUAAAGAUAUACAAAAACAUACAUAUAUAUAUGUUGAGGACAUAUAUAUAUAUAAACAAUCGAGGGAGUUGAUAGUCACAUAUUCUGCAAUGAAGCUUUGCGUAUUGAAUACGAGUUUGCUCUUAUGUGUAGAAGCAUUUUCAGUUAUUUUCGCUAUAACAAUUUCAUUGAAAGGAAAAGAACGAAUCGAAUAUAAUUUAGGAUACGAACGAAUGCAAACAGACUCAAUAAAUUUAAUUUUCAAAUUCAGAACAAUAGACCCUUCAGGGCUGAUAUUUUACGGAACAAAUUUGUUGAGGGGAGAUUUUAUUUGUCUGGAAUUAAUAAAUGGCGAGUUGAGAUACACUUCUAAAAUAGGUUUCGAUGAUAAAUCCGACCAAAAACUAGUUGUUGGAAACAAUUUAAACACAUACGAAUGGCAUCGUGUAAAUCUAACAAGAGUUGGAAGAAAUGUAUCAAUAAUUCUUGAUAACGUAAAAAAUGAAAGAUAUUUCGAUGGUGAUUUCGAAAAAAUUAUACUUGGUGGGAGGGUUUAUUUUGGAGGAGUGAGUGAGCAGGUUGAUCUCUCCUUACAUCAGCUAACAACAAGGAAAUUUUCUGGUUGUCUACAAAAUCUUAUGUUUAAUAACAUUGAUAUAUUUUAUAAUGCAAAAUAUAGCGAAGAAAAAUUUCAAACUUUUGGCGAUAUUCUUUGGGAUAGAUGUGAAGAUAUUGAUUAUGAUCCAGUCAUGUUUCAAAGUCAACAAGAUCAUGCGCUUAUUCCAACAUUUAUUAAAGACAGUCUUAAUGUUGUUUUAAAUUUUCGUACUGCAAUUAAGAACGGUCUAAUAUUUUUUAAACCAUCGAAAGCUCUGUGCGUCUAUUUAGCCUUAAAAGAUGGAGUUCUUACAUUAGAAGUUGAUUUUGCAAAAAGAAACGAAAACCCAAUAUUGAUUAAGUUAGGAAAAGAUUUUAAUGACGGUUUUUGGCAUCGAGUUGAAUUUUUAAUUACCUCCAAAAAAGUAAUGUUGCAAAUUGAGAAGUUUUAUGAAGAAGUUGACCUUAAGAAAGGCUACUCGCAUUAUCCUGUUCAAUUCGAUAUUAAUAACAGUUCUUUAGCAGGGGGUAAUGAAGAAAAAUUAGGUGGUUUUGUGGGGUGCAUAUACAAUAUUUGGGUUGAUAAUACACUAAUUGAUUUUUCCAAACUUGGAGACGAAUAUACUUUUGGUGUUAUCAAAAAAUGCGAGUUAAAAGAUCACUGUUUGUUUACACCAUGUCAACACGGGGGGAUUUGCUCUCAAGACUUUCACACUUAUAAAUGUGAUUGUUCGUUUAUUCAUUAUUAUGGAGAUAAAUGCCAACAUUCGAUAUUUCAACAAGGUUGUCAGGCGUAUAAAGACCUUGGGGUAAAAGAAGACUCAUAUUGUAUGAUUGAUCCAGAUGGUGACAAAGGAGCUGUUAAACCUUUUAAGGUUUUAUGUAACAUGACAAGUGAUUCAAAAUUAGCCUUUACAAUACUUUCACAUAAAAAAGAAAACAAUGACAUACCCAUUUAUAUGGGAGAAAGAGAAGGAAAUACUUUAAAAACAGUUUUUGACUACGGAUUAUCUAUUGAAGCAAUUGAAGUAAUGUUCCGAAGUGCUUCAGCUUGUCAACAAUUUAUUCAACUAAAAUGUCGCAACACUCGUUUAUUAAACUCCCCUUCCGGACCGGCAGUAGUCCAUUGGGAAGGACGCGAAGGCCUUAAAGAAGAUUACUGGGGAGGAGCUCCUCCAGAUAGUAGUAUGUGUGCUUGUGGGGUAAACCAGACAUGUGCAGACGGAUUGAAGUUCUGUAACUGCGAUAUAAGUGACGAUAUUUGGAGAGAAGAUUCAGGUUUUAUAAAUGAGAUAGACAGAUUACCUAUAAUGGCAAUAUACGCCAACAUAUCUGCUAACAAUUCUUAUUUGUCAGUUGGCGCACUAAAAUGUCACUUUACAAACAAUGUAAAUGAGUUGGGUUCUUUUAAAGAACGAUCAUUAGCAGCAUGUUUAUCAGUUAAUGCAAAACCAACAGAGCUUCCUACGCUAAAAAUUACCACAGCUAACUUUAAUGGAAAACAAGUUGAAGGUUGGCUAAAAACAAUUGAGUCAACAUCUGCUACCUUAGAAAAUUCAAUAAUUCAAAAAGUUAACUUUAAUCUGACUCUUGCAAUCCCUUCAAAUGAUGCUGACAAAGACGGUCUAAAGUUACAGUUAGGUAAAUGGGCCAUUCUUUCAAUUGCAAUAAUGGUCGUUCUUGUUGCUAUUAUUAUAGGAGUUGUUUGUAUUGUAAAACGAUGGCAACGUUCCUCAAAUCGAACCGAGUUUGAUGACGAUGAUGAAUACCAAGUAAGUAAUCAAGAAAGAACAGAAAUGUGCACAUUUUUUGGUGCCGUAGCGCGAAACGAAAGAAAUCGGCCUGUAAUUGAAGUGCACCGUCAUUCUAUUCAUUUUGAUACUUUUGAUGAACUUCCACCUGCUUACAGAGAAUACGGUGAUCGCUCAUUACAACAACCAAUUACAACGCACAUAGACUUGAGUUAUAAAUCACGAAAGUCAGGUUUUUUUUGCUGAAUCUUUUCAUUUUUUAGCGGUUUGGAAAGUUUUAGUAUAAAAUUCAAUGUAAACUGAGCAAUGUAAAGAAUUGUCUCAAGUUGGCUUUUGUAACAAUAUCUAACAAGUUGGCUUUUAUAACAAUAUCUAACAAGUUGGCUUUUGUAACUAGCAUUGCUCAAACUAAAAAAUCGAUUUCAAAAAAUUCGAAAAAAAAAUCGAAUGGUUUUUUAGUAACAAAAAAGUUAAGCAAGCUGGUCAUAUAACGAAGCUUUUAGAACGAUAACACAAAAGUUCUGUAGAAAUUUAUUUUUUUGACAAUUAGGAAGUUGAAUUUUCUUCCAAAAUUCGAAAUUGUAAAUAAUUUUAUAUUUUUUUGUUACUGUAUAUGUAGAGUUAAAAAAAAUUCUUUCAAAAUAUAUGUGAAAUAUUCUGUGUAA